UUCGCUAGCUUGGAACAACUUCCUGAAAGACUGACAGUUCCUUCGUUUGGUUCGCUGUUGUAUGAAGGAAGAGAACAAAACCCACCAUUAGGCGAUUCUUAGUUCAUCUAUUUUUGUACUUUUAAGUAGGUUUAAAUCAGGAAGAGGGACUUUGGGCGGAUUUACGGACCUACUGGGGAUGAAAGUGGAGCGGACGCAGCAAACUAAGUAGAAGAGGAGGUAGACCUGUCCGUUUGAUGGCUGCUGGUGAUGGAGCCCAGCUGCCGGCCACAGUAGCGGCCAGCCGGAGCGUGGAGAAGGCUCUGGAGGAAGCUGCAGCGAGCGGGGCUCUCAACCUGUCCAACAGAAAGCUGAAGGAGUUUCCUCGCAGCGCCAGGAACUACGACCUGUCGGACAUCACGCACGCAGAUCUGUCGAGGAAUCACCUGUGUGAGCUUCCAGACGAGCUUUGUCACUUCAUCUCUCUGGAGACACUGAGCCUGUACCACAAUGGAAUGCGCUCAUUGUCUUCCAGCCUGGGCAACCUUCAGGCCCUCACCUACCUCAACCUCAGCCGUAAUCUCCUGUCCAGCUUACCCCCAUCGGUGUUUCAGCUUCCCCUCCUGCGAGUACUCGUCGUAUCCAACAACAAGCUCUCUUCGCUACCCUCGUCCGUAUAUUCCCUCACACGCCUCCGACAGCUGGAUGUCAGCUGUAAUGAGCUGCAGCUUCUACCAGGAGAACUCGGUCAGCUCGAGUGUCUGAGGGACCUAAACCUGAGGAGGAACCGGAUCACCACUUUGCCUGAAGAAAUAUCUGAACUUCCACUUGUUCGUCUUGACGUGUCCUGCAACCGAAUUUCCCACGUCCCCCUGUGCUUCCGUCGCCUCCGCCACCUACAGAUCAUCGCUCUGGACAACAAUCCCCUUCAAAUGCCACCCGCACAGAUCUGCUCCAAAGGCAAAUAUCAUAUCUUUAAGUACCUGAACAUGGAGGCCUGUAGGAGUCAUGAAGAACUGGAGAAGCAUCUGAAGCUGAGGCCAUCUGGAUUUAAAAGCUGCCUGUCGGACCAGGAGCUGUUCUCCGGUCAGUUUGGAGGGCUAGACUCUGGCUUUAAUAGUGUGGACAGUGGCAACAAGCGAUGGUCUGGGAAUGAGUCAACAGAUGACUUCUCCGAGCGUUCUCUCCGACUGGCUGAAGUCAGCAGGGACCAGAGAAACCUGGAGAAGGAUCGAUCUCAGGAAGUAAAUAAUGUAAAUGGAGAGGCAGACCAGGAUGACUUCAUUGAGAAUAGCGUGAUCGAGGAAGGAGAGGAGAUCAGAAUACAUCCAGCCACUUCUCCUCUGGAGCAGGAGGCACCUUCACCUUCCCAAAGCAAAGACGAAACACCACACAGUCUUUCGCCCAUAUCCAGUAUGCACAUGGAGUUGAGCUCCCAUUCGCCCGCAUCAUCACCAUCCAGCCCCACCCUGGAGGAGCGGAGGAGGCCUGGCACCCUGUUCAUCUGGCAGGAGAGAGAGCGCCUGCAACAGCAGAGGGAGAAUGCAAGUCUGCUGAAGCCGUCCUCCAAAACAGGAAGUAAUGCUCGCGCCACCUCAUCACAGGCUGGAAGUAGUUCCUGUGGUGCUUCACCUGAAAAUGGAACGUCCCUCUCAGGCCUGCGGCUGAGAUGUGCGAGUGCUGACCAGAUGACCACGGCGUCUCCUUCAGUCCUGCACCGCUCUAGCAGCAGAACAGAUGUGCCGUCCUCCCCAAAGACAUCCUCUCCACCUGGUCAGACUCAAAGACCCAACAGCUUCCUGUUUCGCUCUUCGUCCCGCAGCAAACCCACAGGAAGCAUCUUCACUCUGGGAGAAUCUGGAAGGAGUGAGUCUAGCACCACUUUACGUUCUCCAAAAGAAGAGAGAUCAGACAUUUUACAGCUACGCAAGACUCUGGAGUCAACGUUGAAGAUGACUCUACCAGAGGAUCUUGGAGACGCUCUGUCCAACGGUACCGUCCUCUGCCAGCUGGUCAAUCACAUUCGACCACGCUCCGUCUCCAUCAUCCACGUUCCUUCACCUGCAGUGCCAAAGCUGAGUGCAGCAAAGUCUCGACUCAACGUUGAAAACUUCCUCUCUGCUUGUCGAAGGCUGGGAGUUCCUGAGGAGUCCAUGUGUUCUGCCCAGCUCAUCAUGGAGGAGGAGGGUCUGAGCACGCUAGCCCAAACAGUCCAGGUCCUUGCUGAACUGACAGAUGGGUCCAAGCAGGGGUCUAAACAGGAGAAAUUGUCCACCGCUGGCUGUUAGCUAGCAGAAAAAGGGCUUUCUCAGAGAGGAUGUGUUGAUAGCGUUUGUCCAGACCAGGGCUAUUCGUUUCUGGGCCUGGGGGACCGGUAUCCAGCACGUUUUAGUGGUCUCUCUGCUUCAACACACCUGAUUUCAAUCAGCAAGUGAUUAACAGGCUUCUGCAGAGCCCGAUGAGCUGCUGAACUGAUGAUUCAACCACUGAAUCUAAAAGCAAAUCGAGCUGGAUACCGGCCCUCCAGGACCAGGAUUGAAUAGCCCUGGUCUAGAGCAGGCGUGGGUAACCCUGGUCCUCGGGGGCCGGUAUCCUGCAUGUCUCUGCUCCAACACUUCUGAUUCAGCUCAUCAGGCUCUGCAGAAGCCUGUUAAUCACCUGCUGGAUGAAUUCAGGUGUGUUGAAGCAGGUUGAAACUGAAAUAUGCUGGAUAGUGGCCCUUGAUGGACCAGGGUUCCCCACCCCUGGUCUAGAGUGUGCUUCAAGCAUCCACAGUCGGAUCUAAAAACUCAGAACAUCAUGAAGUCAUUUCAAACAUCAUUAAUAAAGAAUGAGAAAAUGCACGGCUAGUUUUACCGACCUUUACCAAUGUUGAUUCAAAUGACAGCAUUGUCACACGGAAAACAUCUUUUUUUUUACUUCCUUUCGUUUUUACACCAUGUGACACCUGUAAUUUUGACAGAAUAAUCAUUAAAAUAUUUUAAGCGCUCCAACAUGUCGUUUCAUCCAUUUGUUUUUCAUGAAUAGUUUUUUGUGGUGCUUUGUUGAAAUUUCCUGGAAAGGUCAAACCCUUCGUAGAAACUGUAAUGCUGUUGAUGUUUCAUGCUGUCACGUUUCGGGGAUGUUUAGGACCCAAAUAUGCAGAAGCCCAGGAUGACAAGAGGCAGGAGAUGAUGUAAAGUAAAAUCCUUUAUUUUUGAAGGAUGAAACGAAGAAUAAAUCCAGGGGCAGGGAGCCAAAGUCCAAACAUGUCCAAAAUCCAAAAUAAACUAGAGAUCCAACUGAGACACGAGAAACACUAGAGACUAGGAACAAGAGACUGACAGCAUUACCAAAAACAGCAACAAUGGACCGACAAGACACAAAGACAAGACAGGGCUUAAAUACACUGGGGCAUAAUGGGAGGAAGAUGAGCUGCAGGUGUGUGGGGGGAGGACCAGGUGAAAGCAAUGACUAAUCAGGGAAGAAACUAACAUGACCUAAGAGUGAACCUAAAAACAGAAAAGCAACAUUUAACAAAAAUUCUAAAGGGAAGGAGAACUACAAAGACCGGUGGGAAAAAACAUACUAAAGAGACUAAUAGAAUGAACAGCUGUAACUGUAAAAACUGCCGAGGGGUGACUGGGGACGACUAAAGGGACACAGGACCUGAGAGAGAUAUCUAGAGAGCUGCAAAAAAUGGAGACACAUGAGGGCGCUAUGAGACACAAAAGGGAAUCUAGAGAGGGAUGGAGAACACCAGGAGGCACAUGAAGCAAGGGGCAGACGCAGACAUGACACAUGCAGUCAGAACAAAUCUGGAAACUUCAUGUUAAUUCUGGUGUGGGCUUGAUGUUGUCCAACACAGACGUCUCCUUUUGAGUAAAAUCUUCUCUCUAAGUAAACUAAGGGUCCUACGGAAAUCCAUACGACAGUAAUUUUCUAAUCCCGUUUGAUUGUGCCAUGGACUUCACGAAUGAUGUCUGUGAAUGUUAAAGACACAUGCCAAGGAAGCACUUCUCAACACAUGACGGAAAAAGUUAUUUUAGGUUUUGUGUGAAAAGACUAAUGGGACUACAAAUAUCAUUUUCACUAAAUUACCGUCGUCGAAAUAGACACGGAAACGAGAAGAUUUUAUCGAACUCAGAAUCCUUGUUCCAGGAUGAGCGAAGAAGAAAACCACUAUACACCUGGGCAUGGGGUAAGUAGCAGCUACUCGCUGAGUCGAGAAGAGAUCAUGUGAUGACGUCAUUUAAGCGACAGCUGAAUUUAGUCAUGAUGUUAAAUUUUUAUUUGUUAAUGAAUGUGUAUGUGUAUUUUAUAUUUGUCGUUAAAAGUAUGCCUACAGAUACAUGGGCCACACCAAGUGUUAUUAUCAUUAUUAUUAAUAUAAUUAUCAUUAUUUUAUUUCUCUUAGUUUGUUAUGGUUUAACGACUUUGCCUUCUUAUUAUUUACUUGUUGUAUGGUAGGAGGACCUGCUCGAAAACGAGAUGCCACAUCUCAAGCAGUUUAUCCUUCUGGAAAGAAAAAUUAUAGUUAAAUAAAUAAAAUAUAUUUAGUACGAUUUAAAUUUUAGACGGGCAGAAUUACAAUCUUUCCACAAACAAGUAACUUCUUGCUGUCUGUUUUGACAUUAUUGAUGUUCUUGAUUCAUUCCUCCUAUCCACGAGACCCUGAAACUGUAAUCAACAAGUUUCUACUAAGGACUUUUUUACUAUCAUAAUGUCCAUGACAGGGGCUGCAAACCCAAUGCGCGUGAAUGGGAAACGUGACGUUAUUUGUACUUUUCAGAUAUCAGAGAUGUUCAUUCUGGAUAUAAGAGUGUUGUUAUGGAUAUCUGGGGUUUCAAUUUUUAAAAGGAACAAUAGAUUUAUGCAUGUCAUACGUCUCCAGUCUGCUCAAUACAUGUUAAAUAAAAAAUAAAUAAAUGUCAAAACAGCUGCAACACCCAUAGCGGUCAGUGUUGGUGUGGGUGUGUGGGGCUUCCGUAGAGGUGCGGUGUUCACUGCGUUAGCAGCCCUGCUAACUAAUGAGCUGAAUUCAGUGCUGUUUAGAAAUGGUUGCCUUGAAAAGUGCCUUUACUGAAAUGAAAAUAAUAAUUUCUUGUUUUUGUAAUUGUACGUUUUUGAUAAGAGGUGUAAAUACCUCUGAAUCGUUUUUAACUGCAUUUGUAAUUGAAUCAAGUUGUUUCUGUGUUUAAUUAAAUAAAGCUUUGUUCAGAAAAAGCUCAGGGAGCCGUCUGCGCAUGUGCGGACUGUCAUGGUGGGACCGGCUACAUGUUGUGGCGGUUUAUCUAUCUUGUAAUGACAGACGCUGAUUAACUGUUUUGUUUUCAGUCCACAUCUCUUCACAUAGAUCCUUUGAGAUUGGAGCCGAAGGGAGAAGAUGACUGCUAA